CGACCGUUGUUUUCGCUGUCAUUCAGUCUGUUGCGUGAGAGUUGGAGCAUAGCAAGCGGUCGACGGCAGCUUGAUUGUGUUCUGGUUCCAUGUUUUUUCGAAUUUCCGCCCUAUCCGAUCGUUCCCAGAAAUAUGUAAAGCGGCGCGACCUCCCAGAGUACUUCACGACCUCCUGAGGUAAAAAACAACGUGCCACACGUUUGAAACAUCGAAAUCGGACAUAACCUUCUUCGCGGCAGCUGUCGGUGGUGAGAAUCUAGGUGGGCCAGGUACCAAUCGGCAGUUGUUUCUGUCAAUUUCCGGACGUUUGACGGUUUGGGUUCCGCAGAUUCGAUUUUAGUGAUUGAGAGUGUGACCCCUUCUCGGACUAUGUUGGGCUACACGACGUCCAGGGACGGGCUGUUACAGCUGGAUCCGGAGGUCCUCACCUCAGUGCUUCGUAAGGAGCCCAUACACAGCGUCUAUGAAGUGGAUAAAACACCUUUGGGCAGAUUUAUUUGGGAAAAUAUCCUUUCGACAUUUCCACUUGAAUGUGGCAAACUAAACAGAUUAAACGCAAAAUUAGUUAAGGUUGGAAACGUACAAUCGGAAGAAACUAAACAACUGCUAGAUGAUACCAAAGAAUCGUUGACUGAAAGAAAGACAAAGAAAUUUUUUGGAAUUCAAACAAAGAUAGAGGUAAGGACUAGCAUAAGGGCUUUAAAUAAAAAUGCGUAUAACAAUGCACAAUGUAACGGAAGAAGUGUACAAUGUAUAGUAGAUAAACAAGUAACUAGAGAGUCGGCUACUCCCAUAAUAUCUAUGGUGUGUGCGUCUCAGUCCCUCUCGGUUGUUGCCAACAACCUACAACCUGAUAGGCGGAAUUUGAAAUGCGGGAAUUGA